AUGAAUUUUCCUCCACCCAACAGAGCCCCCAACCAGACCCUCCUCAGUAGGGGCCAGCAAAUUCUCGCCAAUGGCCGCCAGAAACGCCGCGAGUACCUCGAGAAAACCUUGGCCCGCCGCGAGGCUGCAGCAGAGCGUCGCCGCCGUGAACUCGCCUUUUACGAGGCGCCCAGCGCCAGCGACGAGCUAGGCAGCCACAGCCACGACGCGCCAGCCAGCUACGACUCAUCUCCCAACUACACCGAGGCCAUGUACGACAUGCCAGCUGGCUACGAUACGCCUGCCGGUUACGAUGCCAGCUACAACGAGUCCGUCAGCCACGGUUUGCGCUCCAGUUUCGAGGCUCCAUCCAGUUACGUCAUGUCAAACAACCACAUGAUGGCAGGCAGCCAUGACAUGCCAGCCAGCUACGACGCAACAACCAUCCACAACGUUCCUGCUGACUACGACACAACAACCAUUCACCAUGUCCCGGUCAGCUACGGUGUUCCCGCUCAAUCUGAGGGUCGUCGUCGUCAGUUUCAUCUCGGCGACAUCCACGAACAGCGUCGCAAGUUCAACCAUUUCAUGAGCCGCGCCGCCGCCUUUGAUGACGAAAGCGACGAUGAAGAAUACUCGCCGCAGUAUUCGCCGCAGUAUGAUGCCGAGACGUCGCCUACUGAUUCCGAUGAGCUCGGCAAACAUUUGGCUCAGGACUUCCGUGGCAUGAAGGCAUUCAAGGACGCCUUGCCUGUUCCCAAGGGUCAAAGAUGGUGGGAGCGUUACCGUGAUCCAGAGUGGGACCCGGCGACGGCUCAUGUCAUUCCUCCGGACCAAAUCAGGCGCCGUCCUCCACCCGAUCCUGAAACGCCUUUGAAGCCAUCAUUCAAUUGGAAUCUCGCCGAGAACUCCAACUCGAUCAUCCUGGCUUCAACCCCGGUCGAGACUCCAGCAGUGACCCCAGCUGAGACUCGAGCAGUGACUCCAGCUGAGACUCCAGCAGAAACUCCGGCUGAGUCUUUAGCUGAGUUCACACAGCGUGGUCUGCUAGACCAGCGCUUGCAAGAGGAACGCGAUCAGCGGGUCAAGGCGAAGGUCGACUCCAUGUGGGCAAAAGCUUGGACAGACAAAGGCUUGGAUCCAGACCCCGAGGUCCGCAGAGAGCAGUAUCGGCAGUCGCGUCUUCAGAGGCUUGCUGAAAGGCGGCGGCAAGUUGGAAUCAAACCCAAGUCAUUGAGGAUCACAACCUCCGAGGUCGACAAAAUUCCUUCAUCGGAUUCAAGCACGCCCGAGUCGCCUCAUUCUCCCACGCCCAGCAAAGAGCCGUUGCAAUCCAAGCAACAGAGACCACAAUCUCCUAUUGUUCCCGACAAGGCUCAGCCACCAAACAGCCAACGUGUUUCCAGCACUGCGAUUUCCGACGCACCUCAGGAAAUACAAAAGGCUUCCAUCCCUGCGGUUCCAGAGAGACCUCAGCCGGUCUCCGGCCAGGAGAAGGACUCCAGCCCUGCUCAGCCUGGUGAGAUUCAGCAAUCAUCAAGCCAGGAGGUUCCUCGCACUCCUCCCGUCGAGACUCAGCAACAGUCUGGUCAGGAGAAGGCUCAGACUCCACCCCUCAAAGCUCAGGAGCCAUCCGACCGGGAGAAACCUUUCGCUGUCCCCCGCAAGUUUCCCCUCACUUUUUACGAAAAGAGGCAACUCCAAUACAACUCACCUGAGUCUCUUGACACCAGCCCAGGGUCCGCCCGAUGGGCCAAGAGGAUAGUGACAUGCGAAGACCCGCUCACUAUCCAUUUCCCAUUCCCCGAGGGGUAUGUGGAGCCACCACCGCUUUCUCCGGAUGAAGUGGAUGAGGAUCGGGAGGUUUUGCGAGCGUUGAGCCGAAAGUUGGCGCCUACGUCUUCGCGUCUGACUGAAGAUGACCCGACCGAGCCCACAAAAGCGGACGCCGGAGGAGAGCAGGAAGUCCUCCAGCAGCGAUCGAUGAAUGCACGAUUGGACGCCGCAAGAAAAGGUAUCCGAGAUGCUUAUCACACCACGAGACAGCUCAUCGCCUCGAUCGACACGACAGAGAUUGUCGGAAACAAAUGCAACGCCUGCGAGGCCUGUGGCCAUGUCGAACAAAAUCCCAUUCUCAUGAUCUGCACCGGCGUCAAGAGACUUUUCCUCUCGCGCAGCCAUCACGGGCAAAUGAAGCCGACCUGGUUUGGCUUUCUGUUCAUGCUUCUUCUUUCUUGGUACAUGAUGGAGAUUGCGAUCUCCGAAUUCUUCGGCACUUCCGAUUACGCGUCUACCAUGCACGAUUACGGCGUUUUUCCUGAUUCUCCAAGAUACCCAUUUGCGCUUCUUACUCUGAUUUCAUGGAUACCCCCCUUCAGUUGGCUUUUGCCGUUGUUCAAAGCGGAUGCAUUCUACGAAGCGACGAAAACAGUCCCCAUCUUGUAA